AAUCCAUCUGGCGAACAUUAUUUCGCUUGAUGCAAUUAAGUUACGAUCUUUCCUCUCUGGCUCGUCGGAAUUUGAGCUAGUUUAGCUAAAGUUUCGAUCUUUCUUCUCUGGGUCGUCGGAAUUCGAGCUUAAAAUCAUGGGAAAUUGUUUUGCCAAGAACCAUGGAUUGAUGAAGCCGCAGCAAAAUGGGCAUACCACUAGAUCAGUUGAAGUAGGAGUGACCCAUCAAGAUCCACCGUCGUAUACUCCACAAGCGAGAAGCACUCAGCAGCCGGAGAAACCAGGUUCCGUGAAUAGUCAACCACCACCGUGGAGGGCGGCGGCAGCAGCACCAGGAGCAAGUCCCAAGACCACCACUAAGAGCAAUUCUAUACUAGAGAACGCUUUUGAAGAUGUGAAGCUGUUCUACACAUUGGGUAAAGAGCUAGGUCGUGGGCAAUUUGGGGUAACGUAUCUGUGCACAGAGAAUUCAACGGGGAAGAAGUACGCUUGCAAAUCGAUCUCGAAGAAGAAGCUGGUGACGAAAGCUGAUAAGGAUGAUAUGAGGAGAGAGAUUCAGAUAAUGCAGCAUUUGAGUGGGCAGCCUAAUAUUGUGGAGUUUAAAGGAGCUUAUGAGGAUGAGAAAGCUGUGAAUUUGGUGAUGGAGCUUUGUGCUGGUGGUGAAUUGUUUGAUAGAAUCAUUGCUAAGGGACAUUACAGUGAGAGAGCAGCUGCUUCUGUUUGUAGACAGAUUGUCAAUGUGGUCAAGAUUUGUCAUUUCAUGGGUGUGUUGCAUAGAGACUUGAAGCCUGAGAAUUUUUUGCUUUCUAGCAAAGAUGAGAAGGCUUUGAUCAAGGCUACUGAUUUCGGCUUGUCUGUCUUCAUUGAAGAGGGAAAAGUAUAUAGAGAUAUUGUUGGGAGUGCAUACUAUGUUGCUCCAGAAGUCUUACGUCGCAGAUAUGGGAAAGAAGUUGAUAUCUGGAGUGCUGGAAUCAUCUUAUACAUUCUACUCAGCGGUGUGCCCCCGUUUUGGGCUGAAACCGAGAAAGGAAUAUUUGAUGCUAUAUUGGAAGGCCAUAUCGACUUUGAGAGCCAACCAUGGCCGUCAAUCUCCAACAGUGCCAAAGAUUUGGUACGUAGAAUGUUGACUGCGGAUCCAAAAAGGCGUAUUUCUGCUGCUGAUGUUCUUCAGCAUCCAUGGCUUAGAGAAGGUGGAGAAGCAUCAGACAAGCCAAUUGACAGUGCUGUUCUCUCAAGGAUGAAACAAUUUAGAGCAAUGAAUAAGCUAAAGAAACUGGCUUUAAAGGUCAUAGCGGAGAAUAUUGACACGGAAGAAAUCCAAGGAUUGAAGGCAAUGUUUGCUAACAUAGACACAGACAACAGUGGCACAAUCACGUAUGAAGAACUGAAAGAAGGAUUAGCCAAAUUGGGAUCUAAACUCACAGAGGCAGAAGUGAAGCAGCUCAUGGAUGCUGCUGAUGUUGAUGGGAACGGGUCAAUCGACUACAUAGAGUUUAUCACCGCAACAAUGCAUAGGCACAGGCUUGAAAGUAAUGAGAAUCUUUACAAAGCUUUCCAGCAUUUUGACAAAGACAGCAGCGGAUACAUUACAAUAGACGAACUGGAAUCUGCAUUGAAGGAAUAUGGAAUGGGAGAUGAUGCAACAAUCAAAGAGGUUCUGUCAGAUGUCGACUCGGAUAACGAUGGUAGAAUCAACUAUGAAGAGUUCUGCGCAAUGAUGAGAAGUGGAAAUCCACAACAACAACAACCGCGGCUGUUCUAGGGGACAUUGCUCCUAGAAGUCUUUUUGUUUGUAUCUAAUCCAGAAUGUCAGGAGCUGAAUUAAUGUUUUGUUCAGACAAAAACCAAGAUACUCAAAACUCUGAUUGUUUGUAUUUUGUUCUCCUGCUUUGUCCUUUGUGUUCUGUACUAAGGCUGUUGUGAUAUGAGAGAAAGAGAUGUUUCAUUUUUAAUGUUAAGAUUUUGAUUCUUCCUGUCUUAACAUUUGACCU